AUGUCGAGGUUAUGGGCGAGGAUCGCAGGUCUAUUCACCAGUAGAUCCUUCGUCGGAAUGGACAAAGCGGGCAACCGAUAUUUUACCAGAACUGAGCAACUCGAUGGUGUCUUGAAAGAGAAAAGGUGGGUCGUAUUUAAAGGAGAACAGGACCCGACAUCAGUCCCGGUUGAAUGGAUAUGUUGGCUGAAUGGACAACGCAAAAAGGCACCGACCCCUGAGGAAAUCGCUGAGCUAGAGGCAAGGAGAGAACGCCUUAAAAUGAAUGUUGCUCUUCUCAAAAUGGAAGAAGAAAGAAAAGCCAAAGGAGGGAAAGCCACGACAACAAGCAUUGGUAAAGCUGCUGGUCCUGACUUGAAAAGUUUUAUCCAGCAAUUUCCCACUGAUUCGGAAGGUAAAACAAUCAAAACCACUGGUUCGGACCAUGUACCAAGUGGUAUGGUUUCCGAAGAAUCUCAGGAACAUAAAGAAGUUCCGGAAUUCAUCGGAAAGCAGACAGAGUCCUCAGAGCCGACUGGAUCUGGUGAAUCGUUCAGGCCUGGAACAUGGCAACCGCCAACAUGA